AUGUUUGCUGCCCUCGCCUUGACCGUUCUGGCCUCAUCUGCUGCUUUAUUCGUCCGCGCCGAUCCAGACCCAACUAACCCUGGUCCCGGAGAUGUCUUCGUCGAGGGCCAGCCCUGUUCUAUCACCUGGAACCCGGAUACCACUGGCGUGUGGAAGACUAUGACCAUUCAGUUGAUGACAGGAAACAAUUUCGACAUGGUUAACUUGACCGCGGUCGCAACCGUUGACGGAACAGACGCGACGAAGACUUCAUUCUCUUAUACUUGUCCUCAGGUCACACCCCACUCGCCUAUCUACUUUUACCAGUUCUCUUCUGCAGCUUCCGUCAAUGGCAGUGUCUGGACUGGACGAUUCACGAUCACUGACAAAGUAAAUGACAUAGUUCCUGCGACUGAGAGCACCCAACCCGACGGCUCGGUUAUUCCUUGGGGUACCGGCCAGCUUGUCAAAUCGACUACAACUGCUUCCGCUGGUACCACGAGCUCCGCGCCAGCCACAGGUGCUGCACUUGGAACACCGAGUGCCACUUCUUCCGACUCGGUAAGUAACGAGUACCGCUGCAUUACUACGUCGAUUGUGACUGUGACUCCGACUGCAACGUCAUCCACUGGUUCGCAAGCAACUGGCGGCGGCCUCGCCCUCUCCGCGCAAAGCAUCGGCUGGAAGACCGCUUCAACCCUGGGUGUCGCUGCACUGGGCUUCGCUUUGGUGCUUUAG